AGGCCAUUCAUGCACUGGCAUUCAGAGCUACUCUCUCGGACACUUUUAGACACACUCAUGCGUGCGGUGGAUGUGUUGCUACAGCAGGGCAGGAUGAAGAGCGGAGCGCCGGGAUCCCCCGUGCAAACUUCACUGAGCCCAAAGAACACAGUAGCCAGCCGGCGCUGAGUGCGUUUCCAGGAGUGGAUUCACUAUGAGAAUAUUGCACUUCUAAGGGAAGCUGUUGCUGGGAUUACUUAUUGGAAUACCCAGAUACCUUCGAACCAAUCCGUUCUUGUGACGCCACAAUGCCAACUGACGACUUCAGCUAUUUGCCUGAUGCAUUGCCACCUGUUCCCGAAGUCCCGGACUCUGGCUCAGUCCUGAGCCCCAGCGACAUUUCGACCCGCUGCCUUCGCAACCCAGCCUUCCGUUACGCAUCUUUGCGGUAUUGCUCGGCCCACAGCAUGGACUCUUCUCCAGACAGCGCCGAAAGGCCGGUCAGCUACAGCUCUACGUCUUCCUCCGCUUCUUCUCGGGACAGUCACUGCUCACUGGGCAGCCGCUCCACCCUUGUCCACAGCCCUAACUCUAUCCCUGUGACAUCAGACCAGGACUCCGGGGCUAUACGUUUGGAGCUGGUUCCGGCCCAGCAGCUGGGACGCGGGGAAGACGACAGAAGAGAUGACGGAGAUAUGGACACAGGAAGGCAGCCUGGGAGAAAGGGCACUGAACAGACAGCAACUGAUCAUUCAGAACCGGAGCUAAGUCUUGACAGGGGGACGGAGCGAAUUGGUCAGGUGCAAGAACCCAGGACGUACGUGGACCGGGUGGUACAGGAGAUACUGGAUACAGAGCGAACAUACGUCCAGGACCUCAGAAGCAUUGUGGAGGAUUAUUUGGAGAAUAUCAGUAACCAGGCUCGGCUGGCGUUGAGCUCUGAGGAUAAAAGCUCUUUGUUUGGUAACAUCCAGGACAUCUACCACUUUAACAGGGACUUGCUUCACCACCUGGAGACUUGCAACGCUGACCCUGUGGCCAUUGCAGAAUGCUUUGUAUCAAAGAGUGAAGAAUUCCACAUUUAUACCCAGUACUGCACCAACUACCCCAGGUCGGUGGCCGUGCUCACCGAGUGCAUGAGGAACAAGGCGUUGGCCAAGUUUUUCCGCGAACGCCAGGAAUCUCUGCGGCACUCCUUGCCUCUUGGUUCCUACCUGCUAAAGCCGGUGCAGAGGAUCCUGAAGUACCAUCUGCUGCUUCAUGAGAUAGCCAACCAUAUGGAGAAGGACACCGAGACGUUUGAGGUUGUGCAGGAAGCCAUAGACACCAUGCAGAGAGUAGCCUGGCACAUCAACGACAUGAAGAGGAAGCACGAGCACGCUGUUAGGUUGCAGGAAAUUCAGAGCUUGUUGACCAACUGGAAAGGCCCUGAUCUGAUUGGCUACGGCGAACUGGUCCUCGAAGGAACAUUUCGAUUCCAGCGAGCCAAAAACGAGAGAACUCUCUUCCUGUUCGAUAAGCUCCUGCUGAUCACGAAGAAGCGGGAAGAAACCUUCACGUACAAAGCUCACAUCCUGUGCUGCAACCUCAUGCUGGUGGAAGUUAUCCCAAAAGAGCCACAGAGUUUCAGUGUGUUUCACUACAAGAAUCCUAAACUACAGCACACAGUGCAGGCUAAGUCCCAGCAAGAUAAGCGCAUGUGGAUCUUGCACCUGAAGAGGCUCAUACUUGAAAAUCAUCCUGCUAAAAUCCCUGCGAAAGCCAAACAAGCCAUUCUGGAGAUGGAUGCAAUGCACCAUCCUGGAUUUCAUUUCAGCAUCCCUGACGGUGACAAGAAGGAUUCCCCACAGACAAAAGUGGGCCCCUCCCCUCGCAGAGGACGCAGGAAAGAACCUCUUUCAAAAUUACUGAAGAAUGCCAGGCAGAAUGCUGCCAACACGGAUGGAGAAAAGCGAACAAGUCUGGGCGCCACCCUGCUCUCUCCCGUGUCCCAGCUGGCUCUGGGUACAAUCGGUCGCAGCCGCAGUCUCAUCAACCAAUCACAGGAGUCUUUGGACCCUGGUGACCACAGUGAUCGAGAGGAAGGGGAGGAGCCACAUCAGCAAGAUGCAGAUGAUGAGGAUGAGAGCGGCCUGGGAGGUGGGAAGAGGUUGCGAGUCCCAGGUAAAAGCAGUAGGAAGAAGCUGAACCCUCAAGCAUCAGUAGACAGUAUUGAACAGUGGAAAGCCUUUAACAUGAGUCCUUCAGAUCUACAGAAAGCCAGAGAAUCCCUUGUGAGGGAUGGAAGUCACCACCCGCCACUUCGCAGAACCUCUAAUGUGACAGAGGAACCUCCAGAGUCCUCAGUCCCAUCAGUAGUAGUGACAGAUAGUGAGCACUCUGUUAGAAACAUUUGGGCAGACCACCGCGCUCGCAGAGCCAUGUUCCCCACCAGACAGCGAACCAUGCAGCCCGAUGAUGACGACGAGGAUAUCUACCAGAUGUUUGUUCCAACAGAACCAGGCAGAGUAGAACCUGAGGCACCCACAGGGAUAUCAGACGAGGCGUUGUCUCCGAGGACGGCCCGGCCUUGUAGCUGGCAUGUAGAGCAGCAACCUUGUGUCCAGAUUGAACCUCCCUCGAAUGGCAGCAGGGUUCUGCGAAGAGCAAGUAGUGUCGGCGAGACUGCAACAGAAGAUCGACAGAAUUCAGAUGACAACCAGCCUGGUCACAACCUGGAAGUGAUUCACACAGAGUCUUCCAGCAAUGACAUAUCUGGGUCUUCGUCAGCCGAACAGCUAACAAUGGAUGACAUUGAAAAUGUUUAUGACAACAUCAACUAUGAAGACCUUAAGAGAAUGGGCCUUGUCAGAAGAGAUUCAGAUGGGUCACGGAAAGAACCUUCCCAUUGCCAAUUAACAAUUGCACCUAAUGUGCCAGAGGUACAAGACACCACAGAACCGAUCCUCAAAUUUGAUAAUUACAAAGAUACCAAUCAGUUCCCCACUCCAGAAGGGAAGCCAGUGCAGAGAUCUGAGCUAAACAUGGUUGAGGAGAACAUCUAUGACACCAUAUGCUUUCGGGAUCCUCCAUCACUAGAAACCAUAGGAAUCAACGCCGAUCAGCAGAGAGACAGUCUGCUGCCUUCUGAACAAGACUUAAGUGGGAUUAUCCGAGCGUUCGUGUCAGAGCAGAGUCUCCACUUUGGAAAUGAUGAAAGAUCCGGAACCCUCCAUUCCGUCCAAUCAGAGCCAGAGUACUCCUCGUCCUCUGCUUUCAUCGCCUCCAAACAUUCACAGAAAGGAAAUCGAAUGUCAGAACACGGUGAUGAGCUCUGGAAUGACUUGGAAAACUACAUCAGGAACAAUGAAAAGAAAGCCGAACGACUGCCUUCCGCAUUCCCGGUCAAUGCCAGUGAGUCACUAAAGAGGACACCCUCAGUCAAAACCAGUCAUAUGGCUGAUCCCCAAUUAGCCAUGCAUCCAACUAAGAGCCCCCCAGCACAUCAGGCUAGACCACCCCCUGUGUGCUCAUCACAAUCUUUCACCAUCCCAGUCAUCAACCUCUCUGACUUUCAAGGUGACGGAACCACUGAAGGUGAACUUCAGAGUCCUGCUUCUAGUCCAAAGCCUCUUCCAGUCACACCAGAACCCUUACCCGGCACAGUGAAAAGCAUUCGCAACAGACUGGCUCGCCUAAGUAGCGGCAGCUUCCGAUUAGAGGAUGAUGACCUGGUCGAACUUCCUCCAAAAACCCCUCCUCGAAGAGAGAAUUCUAUCAAGGAUCUCCAUGGUUUGUUUCCAGGGCAGCUGGCAGUUCUGGACUCUCCACUGGCCUCCUCCUCUCUCCUGCUGGGUGAGUCAGUUGACUUCCCCCUGGAACUUAUGGACAAAUCCAAGAGUCGUGUCUUUCUGAUGGCACGACAGUAUAGCCAGAAGAUAAAGAAAGCUAACCAACUGUUGCGUAUGAGGAGUAUGGAUCCUGGGGACUCUUGUGGUCGACACAGACCUGACAGGAGGCAGAAAGACCUGGCGGCCAUCUUAGAGGAGAAGAAACAAGGUGGAGCUGCUAUAGGUGCAAGGAUAGCUGAGUAUUCCCAGCUCUAUGACCAGGUAAUGUUCAAAGACUCUUCCGCCACAGUGCACCAUAGCCACCCCGGUCUUUCGUCCUCUCCAUCCUUACCUGAGACCUCUGCGGAGGAAGAGUGGCUACACUCCACCUACAGCAAUGGAGAGCUUUCCAGCUUCAUGUCGUCUUCCGGCGACGUGCGCAAUGCAAGAGCCUCUUCCGCGCCUGAGCGUAAACUUACCGCUUCCCGCUCCAUCCCUUCUUUCAUCACCCCGAGCUCACCGCCAUCCCAGAGAUGGAGCUCGUGCAUAUCAGCGCCCAACGAGAAAGACGAACAUGUGUACAGUACCAUCCAGAGACAGCCUUCCUCUCCGACAAGACACAGUCAGUCGGUCAGCUCGUUAAGUAGCUUGCAAGUGGAGAAAAACAACCAACCCGGACUAAAAUGUAACGGGCCGGGUGUGGAUUGUUCCCCCGAAAGACUCCUUGGUCCCUCUUUGGGCCAUGCUGGUCGUCAAAGCAGUCUCCCAGAGAGAUCUACCCAGGGAGAGUCCGAUCUCACCUUGCAUGAUGGUCAACAUGUGGUUGUCCUAAACCGAAUGUCCGCUUUAAGCAUCCUCACGGCCACCCAGAACUACUUUGCCAACUUCAAGGACAACGGCGACGACGACGACUACGUGGAGAUCCGCUCCGAGGAAGAAAUCGACCCGGAGAAGUGUGGCGCAACACAGCAAAGUCUCAGCUCUGUGGCUGGGCUUUCCCAUCAAAACCGGGGUCCCGUCCAUUCCCGGAGUUUGCCGUGUACGCCGGCGCAUGCCGCCAGAUCACUGGAUUGUGAGCAUUUGGAGAAGUAUCUAUGGAGUGAACCACAACAGAGCCAACCCAAAAUCGUCCAGUCUCUAAGGGAAAAGCUUCACUGUCUGAGCUCUAGUAGCUUAGCUUAAGUCUACAAAAAAUCCAUUGCCACAGAAAGAGUCCCUGCUACUGCUACUUUAUCCACAAACAAAAGGGAAUAACCGCAAAUGUAGUUCAAGUUCUUUGUAAACCAAGUUCUUGGAUUUCAGAGUACAAAUAUUUUGUACACUGAUUAUGUAAAUAACUCCUAUUUUAUGCUUCAAGGUAAACGACGUAGGAUCUUAUCAGUGAACAAUAGCGCUUUGAAUCCUACAAGCAAGCCGCCUUAGGACUUCCAGUCUGCUUAUUAAGUAUUUUUACAAACCUGCUACUGAUAAUUGGAAGUACAAUCAUAUCAGUGUUCAACAUCUUAAAUAGACCCGUGGAACUUUUUUAUUUUGAGUAGCAUUUUAAGCACCUGUAAAAAUAAAUGUUAAACAAAUUGCAAAUAAAUGUAACACAGCGCCAUGCUAGCUAAUACAGAUCUAAUAGGCUCAGCAUACACAUUUUAGUGAUUGUGCGCCUUGACCGAGGCACAGUAGAUUAAAAAAAUAGUAGGCUGAUAUUUCUGACUAAAUAAGAAAUGUACCGUAUUUUUCGGACCAUAGGGCGCACCGGGUUAAAAGGCGCACUCCAGAUGAGCGGGUCUAGUCAGGUCUUUUUUCAUACAAAAGGCGUAUCGGAUUAUAAGGCGCAUUAAAGGGGUCAUAUUAUUAUGAUUUUUUUCUGAAUGUUAAACACUUCCUUGUGGUCUACAUAACAUGUAAUGGUGGUUCUUUGGUCAAAAUGUUGCAUAAAUUAUGUUUAACAGAUCAUCUUCAAGUUGAUUUCUGACGGUCUCUUCAGGAUGUGCUGUUUUGUGCGCGGUCUUCUUUACGUGAAUCACUUUCGACAGUGUUUUCUCCCGGUCAUCUUUAUUGUAACGGUGUAGCGUGCAAGGACGGGAGUGGAAGAAGUGUCAAAAGAUGGAGCUAACUCUUUUAAUGACAUUCAAACUUUACUUCAAUCAAUAACAGAGCAGCAACUCCCGUGAAAAACCGUCCGACCCGAACUCUCUAAUAACUAAAGUUCCUUGGGUGAAUAAUGUAAACUCACUACGCCUGUAUGUUUUAGCGCUUUCAUGGCGGGUUUACUGAUAGGUAUAAGUAAGAACUUUACACUACUUUGUAUUAGAAAUGGCAACAGCGGAAAAUGAAUGUCCCAUAAGAAGGUAGAGAAAAAGAAGAAGUUUAUCGACUACGGCAGAUGCACGCAAAUUUUCAGGACUUAUGCAGAUUCCAAAUACAGAUCAGCAGGUACCAAAAGGUAUGAAAAGUAGGUUUUGCGUAAUACUGCCAAACAAAACGUCAGGUAAUAUGUCUGCUACUAGGGGCCAUUUUGCGGUCCUUAUACACGCACCAUAAUGAUACUCGUAUGAUUAAUGCGCAGACAAUCCAUCAAGCUGUGCGGCUUCAUAGCUUACCGAAGUCGUACUAAAAACAUUUUUGGCAAAUUUUUGAGUGCCGUGUGUAAUGUUCUACAUUCUCAAUGGAACAUUUAAAGUUUUGGUGUUGUUCACUUGAGUCAUGUUGCAGUCGACACUUAUCUCUUAUGUCAAUCAAUCAAUCAAUCAAUCAAUGUUUACUUAUAUAGCCCUAAAUCACUAGUGUCUCAAAGGGCUGCACAAACCUCUACGACAUCCUCGGUAGGCCCACAUAAGGGCAAGGAAAACUCACACCCAGUGGGACAUCGGUGACAAUAAUGACCCAGUGGGACGUCGGUGACAAUGAUGACUAUGAGAACCUUGGAGAGGAGGAAAGCAAUGGAUGUCGAGCGGGUCUAACAUGAUACUGUGAAAGUUCGAUCCAUAAUGGAUCCAACACAGCAGCGAGAGUCCCGUUCAUAGCGGAGCCAGCAGGAAACCAUCCCAAGCGGAGGCGGAUCAGCAGCGCAAAGAUGCCCCGGGCCGAUACACAGGCAAGCAGUACAUGGCCACCGGAUCGGACCGGACCCCCUCCACAAGGGAGAGUGGGACAUAGAAGAAAAAGAAAAGAUUGAUUGAUUGAUUGAUCUCUUAUGUGUGACUGCCAUCUACUGGUCACACUUAUCAUUACACCAUGUACCAAAUAAAAUAGCUUUGAGGUCGGUAAGCACAACCAAAAUGAUUCCGCAGAUUAGGCGCAACGGGUUAUAAGGCGCAGUUUCGAUUUUUGAGAAAAUUAAAAGGAUUUUAAGUGCGCCUUUAUAGUCCAAAAAUACGGUAAGGCUUUGCAUUUCUUUUAAACAUAAAAAAUCGAAAUGUUUUAUGUGAUCAAAUCUUCUGAGGGCAUCCAUAAUGAAUAGUGGUAGUCAAUAUUCUGUUCUGGGUCUACAAAAAAACUGAUGUUAAAGUAGUUCUGCAUGUGGUGAGUGGGUAUGACAUGUACAGCAUGUAUCACACCGCUAAUCAACAGUUCCACACAGGUGUUGAUUAAUAGUCUCAUUUCAUACCAUCAGCUCAAAGCAUCUUAUUUAUUCAAAAGCAUCUUUAUGAUGACUUUUAUUGCUAUUAAUGCGAAGGCAGGUCCAUUACAGCUUGUAAAUGAAAGAUUAAUGUAUUUAUUUAAAGUUUAUUCUGAUUUGGGGGGGUGUUCGUUCGCCAAAUCAAAUGCUGUGAAUUGGUAGUUGCACUGCUCCAUACAAGUUCCAAAUGUUAAAAGGUAAUAAAGAUUUGUUUUUAAUGCACAACACCACGGUAAACUGUUCAUAUCAGGAAACGCAUAAAUAUGAAGUAUGUCGGGUUUUUUUUCUUGUAUACUUUUGUCAUCGGCUUCACAGGUGGGGACUGCGGGUCUUUUUGACUCCCCAUGUUUUGCACAUUUCUUCAAACAUCUACAAAACCCAAAAACCAGUGAAGUUGUCACGUUGUGUAAAUUGUAAAUAAAAAUAGAAUACAAUGAUUGGCAAAUCCUUUUCAACUUAUAUUCAAUUGAAUAGACUGCAGAGACACGAUACUUAACGUUCGAACUGGAAAGCUGUUAUUUUUUUUGCAAAUAUUAGCUCAUUUGGAAUUUGAUGCCUGCAACGUGUUUCAAAAAAGCUGGCACAGGUGGCAAAAAACACUGAGAAAGUUAUUGGAAUGCUCUUCAAACACUUAUUUGGAACAUCCCUCAGGUGAACAGGCUAAUUGGGAACAGGCGGGUGCCAUGAUUGGGUGUAAAAGAAGCUUCUGUGAAAUGCUAGGUCGUUCACAAACAAGCAUAAGGCGUGGGUCACCACUUUGUGAACAAAUGUGUGAGCAAAUUGUUUAAGAACAACAGUGGUUAGUGCGUCUGCCUCACAAUACGAAGGUCCUGCAGUCCUGGGUUCAAAUCCAGGCUCGGGAUCUUUCUGUGUGGAGUUUGCAUGUUCUCCCCGUGAAUGCGUGGGUUCCCUCCGGGUACUCCGGCUUCCUCCCAUUUCCAAAAAACAUGCACCUGGGGAUAGGUUGAUUGGCAACACUAAAUUGGCCCUAGUGUGUGAAUGUGAGUGUGAAUGUUGUCUGUCUAUCUGUGUUGGCCCUGCGAUGAGGUGGCGACUUGUCCAGGGUGUACCCCGCCUUCCGCCCGAUUGUAGCUGAGAUAGGCGCCAGCGCCCCCCGCGACCCCAAAAGGGAAUAAGCGGUAGAAAAUGGAUGGAUGGAUGGGACAAGCAGCAGAAAAUGGAUGGAUGAUACUUUUUCGUCACUUAUUGUUUGUCUUUGGUACACUAAUGUGUAUAUUUUAGGCCAUUGGUUCUUUGUUUUAUUUUUGCAAAAAUGUAUACAGUAUAUCUAUUUUUAUAUUGCUAUUGGAGUUCUCAACCAGUUAUUGCAAGGAAUUUAGGGAUUUCACCGUCUAUGGUCCGUAAUAUCAUCAAAAGGUUCAGAGAAUCUGGAGAAAUCAUUCCACACAAGCGGCAAGGCUGAAAACCAACAUCGAUCCCUCAAGCGAUACUGCAUCAAAAAGCGGCAUCAGUGUGUAAAGGAUAUCACCACAUGGGCUAAGGAACACUUCAGAUAGCCACUGUCAGUAAUUACAGUUCGCCGCUACAUCUGUAUGUGCAAGUUAUGCCUCUACUAUGCAAAGCGAAAGCUAUUUAUCAACAACACCCAGAAACGCCGUUGACUUUGCGUGGCCCGAGCACAUCUAAGAUGGACUGAUGCAAAGUGGAGAAGUGUUCUGUGGUCUGACAAGUCUACUUUUCAAAUUGUAUUUUGGAAACUGCGGACGUUUAAGUCAAUGAUUAUUUGAAACAAAUAAAAUAAGUUUGUCAGUUCAAACAUUAAGUAUCUUAUCUUUGCAGUCCAUUCAAUUUAAUAUAAGUUGACAAUAAUUAGCAAAUCAUUGUAUUCUGUAUUUAUUUACUAUUUACACAACGUGCUAUCUUAAAUGGUUUUGGGUGUUGUACUUUGUAAACACUUUGUAAAGAUGUACAUUUUAGGAAAGUUAUUCUUGUAUGCCAUAGUAUGCUUUAUCAUGCUUUUAUAUAACGCUUUUACGUUUAAGUUAAGUGUACUGUAUUUUUUAACAGACUAUUUGUGAUUGCUCAACAACAUAUUGGCGGCAAUAAAUUAAGUACUCUGAA